AUGUCUCAUUCGCAAGCUAUUCAUCGAUUCGUCGAGUUCAUCAACUCGGCCGAUGCCGCUAUUGGCAACGAAGUCAUCCACGAGUCAGCCGAGUUUCACGUCCCUUUUGACAACAAGUCCUUGAAGGGCGCCAGCGGAUACUUAGAAAUGCUAGGCUCCAUGCGUGGCGCCUUUCCUGACAUUCAGUGGAGUGUAGAGCAGAUAAUUUCUGAAGGAGACAAAGUGGUUCUACGUUCUAAAACCCGCGGCACCCAAACCGGUCCUUUCAUGGGAUUUCCUCCAUCCGGAAAAACGUUCGAAAUAGUUGGGAUGAACCUCUUUACGUUUUCGGAGGGGAAGAUUGUUAAAGAGCAGGCUUUGCCUGAUCUAUUUGGGAUCCUUGUUCAGAUUGGAGCUGUUCAGGUUCCCUUGUAGGUCCCGACAGAUGGAGCGCAGGCGUCAACCAUGUUGGGGGGCAUAGAUGCAAUCCUUGAUUGUAUUCUUGGUUGUAA